CUUGCUUUCAUUCUUCUCAUACUUACAUAAAAAAUCAUACCAAUAGCCGGUUUAGUACUAUACUCUAUACCGGAUUUAUCUUUUAUUCACUAAACACAAUGUUCUCAACCAGUUUAGAGUCGGUUCAUAUCUGCUUUGAUGAUGCUACCAUAACCGGAGAUGAAAUCACAGAAAUUUUGGCGUUUCUUAAAUCAGAUGAGUCGAAUAGCCCAAGCGGUUCAAACAAGUUGGUAGCACCAGUUGAAGAGAGGAAGAGAAAGCGAACGAUGUCAAACCGGGAAUCAGCAAAGAGAUCAAGGUUGAGAAAGAAGAGACGUUUUGAGGACUUAACCGAAGAGGUAAACCGGCUGAAGCUUAAGAACCAGGAGCUUGUAAACCAGCUGGCUAAUGUGUUGAGUUGUGGUAAUGCCAUAUUAAGAGAGAAUAACCGAUUCAAAACUGAAUCGGUUUGUCUUGAGAUCAGGCUUCUAGAGUUGUACCGGUUCUUAGUGGCCAUGCAAUCGCCAGUCUCAACGAAGUUAAAUUACAUUACAAAUCUCAUGAUUUAAGUUAGAAAUAAAAACGAAAUUGAGAUUGAGCAUUUUGUAAAGAGGUUUAACGAUGUUUGUUAACAAGUUUACGCUUCGGCUAAAGAUACAUGAUGUGUAUAUGUGAACGUUAUGUGUAAUCUAUAUGUGAAACUUAUUUUAUCAUCC